ACUACUUGUUGAAACGUUUGUUGAGGGAAGUCUAACAACAAACGAGGUGAUUUACCUUGACGACAGUUAUAAAAGACAUCAGCAGCUGGCUUCCUGGUCGCCAAACUAUCGUUUCGAACAAAAAAAAAAGUGUCAUCAGGCCUUUUGAGGAUAAAAGACAGCGAGGAGAAACGAAAAGGAGUCGUGAGCGGCAAGAAACAACGUGUCCAAUCUUCCGGGAUUCCUCGUGUUUUUAGACCUUUGUUUCACUCCAUAUCUUCUCGCAAAACCACUCAAAUGGCGACGGCUUACAGAAAAACAACUCCGUCUGCUACCCAAAAGAAGAAAGCCAAUUCGAAAAUAGAGCUGAGCGAGGAGCAGAAGCAGGAAAUCAAAGAGGCUUUCGACCUCUUCGAUUCUGAUGGCACUGGCAAGAUUGACGUUAAAGAGCUCAAGGUUGCUAUGAGAGCGCUUGGCUUCGAACCCAAGAAGGAAGAAAUCAAAAAGAUGAUCGCCGACAUAGACAAAGAAGGUUCUGGAACCAUCGACUUCAGUGACUUUCUCAGCAUGAUGACGAUGAAAAUGAGUGAGAAGGACUCCCGAGAGGAGAUCAUGAAGGCGUUCAGACUGUUCGACGACGACUGCACAGGGAAAAUUUCCUUCAAGAAUCUGAAGAGAGUAGCCAAGGAACUGGGAGAGAACCUUACUGAUGAGGAACUGCAGGAGAUGAUCGACGAGGCUGACCGAGACGGCGAUGGUGAAGUCAACGAGCAGGAGUUCUUAAGGAUAAUGAAGAAAACGAACCUUUACUGAUGAAAUUAUUUUUUAUUUUUCCCACUCAAUACGGCUCAGCCUUUUGUUUUUUCUCUUUCAACUUUGUGUGUAAAUAAAGACUUCUUUUGAAACUG